ACUGAACUGCACGGAAUUUGGUAGAAAAUUUUUAAAUUGCGAAAUGGACUUGACAGGAAAAAAUGUGGUUUACCUUGGCGGAUUCGGUGGCAUAGGCAAAGAUUGUAUACAAGAACUGCUCAAGAAGCAAAUAAAUGGUCUGGCCAUUUUUGACUUGAUUGUGGACGACGAACUUUUGGCGGAGUGGAAAGAGCAGAAUUCUAAAACUGAAGUCUUCUACCAAAAAGUGGACAUCACUCAGAAAUCGGAUAUAGAUGCUGCCUAUAAAGCGGCCGCAGAAAAACUUGGUCACUUUGAUGUGGUGGUCAACGGAAUUGGCCUUUUGGAUGAUCGUCUGAUUGAACUGACCGUUCAAAUUAAUCUGAUGGGUGUUAUUAACAGCACUUUGACGGCACUGGAGUACAUGGACAAGUCCAAAGGUGGUAGAGGUGGACUCAUAGUGAACAUUUCCUCGGUGGCCGGACUCCAACCCACGCCUUUGAUGGCCAUUUACUCAACUUCCAAAACUGGUGUCACCACAUUUACCAGGGCCAUGUCUAGUCCCAUCUAUUUCGCUCACUCCGGUGUGGGCUUCAUUACCAUCUGUCCAGGCUAUACGGAUACCGGGAUUCUUAAGGAUAUUGACAAGAAAACGACAUUCCCAUUUUGUGAGACUCGAAUGCGGACCGUCUUCAGCAAGGUGAAACGGCAGACGGUGGAGGUUUGCGCUCGGAAUACAGUCCACGCCAUCGAGACGGCCAAGAAUGGAGCAGUUCUUAUGCUGGAACUGGGUGAGAUCCACGAAUUGGACAUACCAAACCUUUGGAAUCCCCAGCUAGAUGAUUGAAUAUUCGUCUG